CCGCGCCACACCCUAUUGUACGACUUCUAUUGCCGUCUGGAUCAGCAAACGAUGUCUACCUAAGGAUCGCCAUAUAGCAGAUCGGUUCACCAUCUUUUUGGGCGCCAGCACCUCGGCCUUCUCCCAAAUCACGCCAAUCGCGCUAAGACGCGUUGCAGCGGCCGGCUAGUAGGCCUUCCAGCUUCCCCACACACACGUCAUGGGCCUUCCAGCGUUAUGGGACACAAUUAAGAAGCACGAAGAGAGCGUACCCGUUGCGCAACUCGCCGAACAGCACCACCGGCGUCAUGGCAGGUCACUCCGCAUUGCUGUCGACGAGGCCGAUUGGCGCUUCAACAACCUCACGAUGCAGCAAGUCUACACUAUACGGGAGACCUCCAGCGAGUACGCCUACCAAGGCAUCGAGAAAGCCAUGUUCUACCGUAUCUGCCGCCUCCUCACCCUAAACAUUCAGCUCGUAUUCGUCUUCGAUGGCCCUGGUCGACCCUGGAAGCGUGGAAAGAAAGGAGGAGGACGAAUCAACCACAAAGAGCAGCGCUUGCUCAAGGAGAUGCUUCAAUACUUUGGGAUCCCAUACCACGAGGCCCCAGGGGAGGCAGAGGCAGAGUGCGCUCGUCUGCAGAUUCUGGGCAUGGUUGACGCUGUUUGGUCGCAAGACUCUGACUGCCUCAUGUUUGGCUGCACCCUUUGGCUACGGGAUCACCGUGUCGCGAAAGAAAAGGGCACGACGGACAGGUCGAAGGAGAACACCAAGAAGAACGGAAAAUACGCCAGCGUCGUACGAGCACACGACCUCAAAGAAAAUUAUGGCCUAGACCGUGAAGGACUGGUGCUUUUUGCUAUGCUUGUCGGUGGCGACUACGACGUGAAAGGUUUACCACAGUGUGGGCCGUCACUAGCCUUGCAGGCAGUGAAGCAAGGACUUGGUCGGAAGCUAUGUGCCUGUCGAGAUCAGAUGGAAUGCAGCUUUUGGACUGUGGAGCUGGCCAUGUUUUUGAAGGGCGGUGCUGGUGGGCGCAGCAUCGAAAUCCCGCCACUUUUUCCAGACUUCAAGAUCUUACAGAAGUACUACAAACCGAAAGUCACCAGCGACGCGGAUCUACUUAACAAGUCGCACCUCAACCUUGACUAUGUUCGCCCAAUCCAGGAACUGAAGUUGCUUACACUUACCAGCGAGCGCUUCAACAUAUGGGGACGUUUAUACAUGAACUGGGUUGGGCCUGUGCUGCUGACACGAAGCCUAACAGCAAGAGAUCCGUCUCUACCACCAGAACUGCUCCAUAGCAUCAGGUUCACAAAGCAAAAAGCGAAGAAAGCCGACAACGAACUGACCAUGCGCACUUUCGAACGCAAGCUGACCUUUUCACCCUUUGGCGUCACUACCCUGGGCAGAGCCGACUUCGAAGGCGAGCGGUUAGGGUGCUGGAAUGGAGAUAAGGAGACCUUGUUUGACCCAGAGCAUCGUGUCGAAUGCGAAUAUCCUGAGUACUGGCUGCGCAAAGUUCUUCCGCCGGACGCGCUAGAACCGGUUCCUGCACCACCAAAACGCAAGCGACUAAUAGCUGAAGUGGGGGAAGAAGGCGAAGCCUCAGGCACAGCUAAGCGAACAUGUACGAACAAGAGAGACGAUAUCUCCGCUACCCAGGCUACACAUAGUGCUUCCCCAAGGAACUCCAAAGGACCAGCUACGAAGGCCAGGUCUCCAAACACGCAUACCACGCCCACUGCACAAAGGAUCUUCGAUUAUAUUGCACUCUCUGAAUCUGAAGACGAGGGUGGAAUCUCUCUACCAGCCAACGCUCGCUCUCAAAAACCUGCAUUGAAUCAACCGACGACAUCUCAUAUCAUUGAUCUUGGUUCGCCUGAGCCGUCAGAUCAGGAAAGUGAUCCGCUCGCCCUUGAUCCUUUCCGGCAUUCUGCAGCAAACACAUUGCCAUUCGAUAUCUCAGACGAAGAAGACGAAGAGCUGCAAUUAGCCUUGCGGCUAAGCAUGCAAGAUCAAGGCAUCAAGAUUCCCCCAAUACAAAGGUCUUCCAACGUGCCUUCUUCAACUGGCAGAUAUGAAAGCAUUUUCGCAAUGAGAGAAGCGGGUAGAGAUGUACACGGAUCGUCUGUGCCUGCUUGGUCGCUUGAUGAGACACUCAGCGCGGCCAUACCCUCUAGAGCUUCUCGAACUCCUCGACGAGUAGAGAAUGGAUCAUCGCGUAUGUCAAGCAUGCCAAUGAGGGGUGUUCACGCAGGUCUUAUGGGAAGGGAGCCAUUCGACCUACCUGACUGGUCGCGCCCUCCACCGCGCGCUGAUCUAUCGUCAAAGUCUGCGACGCUGCCUUCGAAUUCAAGUACACAAGACCAAGUCGGAUCAGCUCCUGCACCUACCCCCGCUGAGAUACGCGCUGCUCGGCUUCGACAUUUCGCAACAUCUCCUAACCCUGCCAAGGACGCAAACGAGCCCCGUACUUCUUCGCUCGCUGCCCUGCCAAACAAACAACAAACAAGUACUUAUAAGGUACCGGUGGGGGUUGAGUGUAUUGACCUAACGGAUGACUGAGCAGCAGAGUUGUCUCCACUCAACAUUCACGUACUAUAUAUGAAGUACACCCACUGUUAAUACUAUAUUACGAGCUUUACACGAAUGAGUGAGAGCUGUGUUGGUUGUACUCUUACAUGUAUAGCAUCACACAUUGCUCGGGCUAGACAGCUCAAAGGUGAAGGCUGCGACGACUGGACCUCGUCUGCGAUCAUUCAAUGCAACCAGGCAUAUCUUCUGCCUUUCUUGCUUGAGUGCGUGGUUCAAAAGAAGGCGAUUAGGCCUUUGUCCUAUGUGUCGCGAGCCGACCGCACACAGCAAGUAAGCGUUGAUACUACAAGGACAGAGGGUGUCCGAGCGUACCAGGUGGGCUGAGAGGGUCUGGUCGUAUAACAAUAUUUACAAAGCAUAGCAUUUUGCAUUUCUCGAAAUUUCUGU